AUGGCUGAUCCUCUAAGUUUCGUUGCAAGUAUACUAGCUAUCACUCAGCUAGCAGCAAAACUCACCUGUUUGGGCUAUGGAUACGUGAGCGCGGUGAAGCGGGCGCCAGACGACCUUAUGGACCUUAUGAACGAGCUACUCGCACUCAGUAGAGUCCUCUCUAUCCUACAGGUUUACGCAGACUCAAGCUCGAAUGCAGCAGACAGUGCACUGUAUCAGCUCAAUGGCGCAAACAAUAGUCCAUUGCAAGUGUGUUCUCAAGCGCUUGAAAAACUACUGAUAAGGAUGGAGCCGAAGGAUGGGUUCAAAGGCUUUAUCAGUAAUAUGAAAUGGCCCUUGGAAGAAAAGGAGACUACACAACAUAUAGCUCGGAUUGAAAGACACAAAACUUUAUUCAUGUUUGCAUUACAGGCAGAUCAAAUAUCUCUCUCUAAAGUUAUUGAACUCUACACCGAGAAUAUCGAUGCAGCGAUGCAAACUAUCCAGGCGGAUAUUAGCUUUAUGAAUAAUAUGGUAAAGGAAGUAAAGAUGGAAAUUGGGCGCACGAAUUCCAUAGUUCGGAAAACCAACGAUAGUGUUCACGAUACGAGCAUUGCGCUUUCCAAUCUGAGAAUCAAGUCUAUGGAGGAGUUUAUGGCACAGGAAUUCUGGAGGGAGAAACAAUACACCCAAGGCAUGGGUAAGAAAAUCCAUCUGAUUAACCCUUCCGAAGCCAGCAGGUAG